CUGUUUACCAUCGUCCCCUUUGGAUCAACAACCCCUACAGCUUGGACUUAUACAUACAGCAGAUUAACCCAACCAUAUUGAUCUUGAAACAGUGGAUAUGGAUCAUUCACAACCAGCUCAACAUACCACGGCAGACAGCGAUACUGUGACCUCUCCUCCAUUGGCCAGGUCGCCGCUAUCUAACCGCUCCAACGUGAACACCCACACCAAUAACUCAAUAUGGGAUCACAAAGACUCCUCUGAAGACCGCCCGAGCACCCACGACUCGGUCUGCGACGCCGCAUGGCUAUCUACAAGCGACGUCGCCAAAUCUCCGUACCAGACGCCAGGACGACCCGUGACACCACUCCAACCUGUGGAGAUCGACAUAAACUCCGAGUCGCCACUCUCACGUCUGGAGACGCCCUUCCUAUACGGUUACGGGACGGAGCUCACGCCCAUUCUCGAGCGGCGCAGCAUAGCCACGCUCCGGACAAAAGGGAGCCUCUCGACAUCUGAUCUCUCGUCCCUACUACACGACGCGCCCGGAGCAAAAAGCAAAGGCGAAAAUCCGACGCACUCCCUCGAGCUCCAUCGACAGCAACCCUUCAAAACCGAGGAGAGCCAGCAAAACGAGUCCGGAAGCCCACAGCUGCGCUGGCUAUCGUACUCGCGGCCCACCAUCCACGUCGUCGACAUACACGCGUACCCGCGGAAGCCAAUCUACCCACCUCCCCAACGUCCUCUCACGCCCCCUACUAUCCGCAAGGUGCGAAGACCGCAGAGCGAGGGCGACGCGUAUGUGGCGAGUACAUCGAGCGGGAUCGCGUACGCGGCGCCAGCCUUCAAGGCCCCGAGGAGCGGACACGGGAACUUGUCGAACCACCCCUUUGUGCGGCAGGCACAGCUUCCAUCGCAACCGCGCUCGACGUUCUCUGCACAGCGGACUAGAGCCGAAUGCGCGCCUCCGCCACCGCCGAGCAGCAGCGCUAGAUAUAUCGCGCGGUCGAACAUGCGGUCGAGCACGGCGAGUCCGGGCCUCGAUUACCUCGCGCCGCCCGAGGCGCGCGGCGAGAUCUGCAAGCGCUGCCGCCAUCCGUGCCGCGAGCCGUGGAGUCUGCGGUCGACGCUCGUCGGGCACGGCCCGGGCGUGCGGCGGGGCGCCGAUUGGUGCGGCCGCUGCGCGGUCAGGAAGGUUGUUCGGGCGUGGUGCUGUGGCGAGCUGGGGCUUUGAGGCUCAUGUUAAGCGAGGACAUGAGUCAUACGAGGAAGGACGUAAUUGGUACGAUCCGAUGAAGAUGAUAAUGAGAGUAUUGGAAAAUUGGAAUUCUUAUGGUUUGUUGAGUGAAGGCCGUAAAGGAGGAGGAGGAGGAGGAGGAGAGAUAGAAAAAUACAUUGGUCAUAAGUUGGAAAAGGAGU